AUGUUCUCAUUCUACGAAACCAUAUUUGAUAUAAAGUUACACCAGAUUGAGAACCCAGACCCAAAAACCUUGUGGCAUCCAGAUGCCAAGCUUCUUGCUGUCUACCAAAACAUUACUCAUGGGUCUCCAAAGAACCAAUUCAUGGGAUGGUUAUACAUUGACUUGCAUCCUAGAGAAGGAAAAUACACCCAUGCUGCCAAUUUUCCUCUUGGUGGUGGUUACCAGUUGUCUGAUGGUGGUCGUAUGACUCCUGUCACCGCUUUGGUUUGCAACUUUACAAAGCCUACCAAAACCAAACCAUCGCUUUUGCAACAUAGCGAAGUUACUACCUUCUUCCACGAGUUGGGACACGGAAUCCACAACAUCUUGUCACAGACCAAGUAUUCAAGAUUCCACGGUACCGCUGUACCAAGGGACUUUGUUGAAACCCCGUCGCAAAUGCUUGAGUUUUGGACUUGGUCUAAGAACGAGCUCAAGAAGUUGACGGCACAUUACGAAACAGGUGAGCCUAUCAGUGACGACCUUAUUGAUCUGUUGAUUAAAUCUAAGCACGUAAACACUGGUUUAUUGAAUUUGAGACAGUUACAAUUAGGACUCUUCGAUAUGGCUCUCCAUACCGUCGACAACGAAAAAGAUUUGGAAACUCUUGACUUGGCCAAGUUGUGGAAUGGCUACAGAGAAAGUAUUUCGCUCUUACAAACCGAUGGAAUCAAAACUCACGGUUACUCCACCUUUGGGCAUCUCGCUGGAGGUUAUGAAUCUGGGUACUAUGGAUACUUGUAUUCGCAAGUAUUUGCCAAUGACAUUUAUUACACCCUUUUCAAGAAAGACCCAAUGAGCGUUGAAAGCGGGCUCAAGUACCGUGAUUCGGUCUUGCGUCCUGGAGAUUCGAGGGAUAUCAUGAUUGGAUUAAAAGAAGUGUUGGGCAGAGAACCUAAUUCAGAUGCGUUCUUACAAGAAAUGUUAGGGUCAAACUAA